AUGGCCCGCUCUCGAGACCCGCUGGAGUGGUAUGACAGUCUGUACUCUCGUACUGUGGACCUCAUCGGCGACUACGCGGGUGACGAACUUUUCAUCAUCGAGGGAGACUCCUUGCUUCUUCAUUCCUUCUCGGACGAAAAGCUGGACUUCUCGCCUGGCUUUCAACAACUCCAUGCGACCUACAUCGUGGAGAAUUUCCUUCGCGCUCUCCUCCAACGGAAGUGUAACUUCCAUGUAGUUUUCUUCUCCAAGCAGGCGGACAUGUGCAUUCCGCAGAAUACCCCAGUUGAACUUCAUUCUAGGUAUCUCCUUGCUCGAGAAGCCAUCAUUCAACACCUCAGCUACAAUCUUACCCUCACUGUUCCAUCCAUAGAAGUCAAAGCCUUUGAUACCUAUCGGUCUACUGACUUCGCGAAGUAUUUAACAUCGAGAGGAGCUUAUUUCUUUAUGUGCCAUGACGGGUCUUUUCCACGAUCCGACACUGCAGGCAAAUAUGGAAGCUCUCGAAAAGACGGCGAUGGCAACGCGGAAGAUCCCGACGGUGCUUCGCAGACUAGCCUUAAUAGAACCAGCCUCUCUGAACACAGUGAGGAAAUAUCUAAUGAAGAGAACUUGACAGCGCUCCGCCUUGAAUAUCUACGGAAAGUAACCCUGCGGUCAAUGAUCCACUGGUUCAUCUGUCGCGGCUACAAUAUUGCUCUCAUCACCAGCGUGGAAUGCCGCGAUACAAAGGUCAUGGCAAUGAUUGUGGAAGGCUCCAGAAAGAAAGCGCAACAACUGCCACAAAUUCAAAGCACUACACGACAAGUGCCUGGCGACUCUUGGACCGGAUCCCGGUCUGAACAUCAAGCUGAGCCUCAAAUCCUGGAAGAAACCGCUUGCGAUACCGCCGAAAAGAAAAAGAACCUCAAUGGUGUCGGAAAGAAGGGUACGGCCCUCAGCAGACAGCAAAACUCAAAUUUAAACAACACGAAUUCCCUCGUGUCUCAAGCAGAAGUCCUAACAGAAUUGCUGACAACCCCGAAUGGCACACCAGUGCCUGCUCUAACACAACGGGUCUUGCUGGUAGUGAUGACUUUAAGCCACAUGUUUAGAUCUGAUACUAUUGGCAUCACUCAUCUGCUGGAAGCUCGUGCGAUGCUCUUGCAUGUCAUUGCUUUAGAGGAAUGUCGUCUGCCUGAUCGAGCGGUUGGCUCCAUAAAUCAUCCCAGGAGCACGAAGUUCCUGAAAGAUUUUAUCGACACAGCCCGCCACGUUCUCGUGUCAGAUCCCUGGCGAUCGAGUCUUCUCCGCCCAAAGCUACGUUGUGAUUUAGCCGAUCUGCUUGAUGGAAGACUGUUUCUCAACAUUGUGUCCCGGCUUCAGGAGCCUGGCGUUCAACACGCUUUCGCACCGUCACUGCUCUUACGGUUUGAGGCUCUUGCAUCCUCGUUGGAUGACACAUGUGGCAUCAACCUGCGGUUUGAGCCGACAACCCAGAGAACCCUGACUAAGCUGGCCAGGACAAUGCAAGGCCCUGGUUUCAAUGAAACAAUCCAUACAAACCGAGACAAGGAGUUGGCGAAACCAAGAAAUGGAUACGAGGUUUCUGGAGCUGUACUUCCGUUCAGUAAUCCGGUGUUCAAUGCUCACCUAGCUCCCGUCCAUCUUGUCAUAGAUGAAUCCGCUACCGAGCAGACCACGUCACGAAUCUUUCAAGAACGUAGCCACUGGCACAACCACAAGCGCCCUAUCGACCAGAAAGUUGCCCUAACAAUGACAGAACGGCAAAAAGCACGUACUCAUCGACGUAAUCAGCUAUUCAUGGCCGAGAUGAGGGAUUACGCUGCUAGCUUGACCAACGCUAUUGGAGGUGUUUUAGAGCCCGAAACUGUUGUUGUGGCUCCAUCCAAAGGUCGGGCGCAGAAGUCAAAAGCGGGUUCAGCAGAGAUAGAGGAUGCCUCCAGUAAGUUCAAGCCUAAGAAAGGCCCUGCCCAUGGUGGAAUGAAACAUGGUUUCAAACCCAACGUCAAAGAUCUAGCUGCUGCAGCAACCCUAGAAAGGCAGAAUAAGAAUAUCACUAAGCAGAUUGAAGCAUGGACUGCCAAGAGAGCUGGGUUUGAUAGAGAGCCAAACCUCGCAUCCCGCUUUCUAAUGGUCAAGAACUAUUUGGAUAGUCUGGCGAAGAAUAAACGAACAACAUUGGAAGCCGAGGCGUUGACAUACAUGCUCAGCAUUUUGGUUGAGAUAUGGAUAACGAAAUGUGCCACCGACGAGCGAGCCCAUGCAAUGCCAAUUGCCGUGCUCAUUUGGAACUUGAUCCUUCAAAUUGCAAAUCUGAACCAAGGCAUCACUGCGGAAAUAGCAACUUGUGUCGCCAGUACUGUCUCAGCCCUUCGCUUACCCGCCAUGGAACCACUCCCAGUCCAAGGACGGCGGAGCCUUUCCCUCCAGUUCGCCGACUUCAGAUCCAGGAAAGAAAGUCUGGAUAUUCAACUAUCGCCCCUGGAAUUCCAGCUUAUCCAUGCUGGGCCGUUCUUUGAUCGAAAUAUGGACUCAGCGCCAGAUCCUCGGGUUCCCGAUUUUGAGCCAGAUAAAUGGCAACGAGACGUCUUGGACCAGAUCGAUGCGAAGAAUAGUGUCUUUGUGGUUGCUCCAACCAGUGCUGGAAAGACUUUUAUUUCGUUUUACGCCAUGAAACAAGUACUCGAAGAAGAUGACAACGGGGUAUUAGUCUACGUUGCCCCCACCAAAGCACUUGUCAAUCAGAUUGCCGCGGAAGUACAGGCUCGAUUCUCCAAAUCUUUUAAGCAUGGUGGAAAGUCAGUCUGGGCUGUCCACACCCGUGAUUAUCGUAUCAACAACCCGACCGGGUGUCAGGUCUUGGUCACCGUUCCUCACAUGCUCCAGAUCAUGCUUCUUGCCCCAGGAAAUGCGAGCGCUUGGUCAUCUCGAGUCAAGCGCAUCAUCUUUGACGAGAUUCACUGCAUUGGCCAAGCGGAGGAUGGGGUUGUAUGGGAACAGUUACUUCUUCUCACGCCUUGUCCUAUCAUUGCACUGUCAGCUACAGUUGGAAAUCCACGCAAGUUCAGCGCUUGGCUCAGCCAGACUCAGGAGACCAACGGCAUCCAUCUUGAGAUGAUUGAACAUCGGCACCGCUACUCGGAUCUACGGAAGUACGUCUACAAUCCACCACAAAAUUUCCUCUUUAAUGGUUUCUCGGUCCGUCCGCAACUGCCUUCAGUUGGACUUGAUAACGCUGUGGGAAUAACUUUCAUGCAUCCCGUUACUAGUUUAGUCGACCGGUCAAGGGGGAUGCCCGAUGAUCUCAGUCUCGAACCACGAGAUUGCUGGAUGCUGUGGAAUGCUAUGAAAAAGCACCAGACAAAGGACUUUCCCGUUGACGAGUUGUUGGACCCUUUAAAUUGUCUCCCGCGAAUCGUCCGUAGAGCGGAUGUCAUCGAGUGGGAAGCGAAGCUGAAAGCACUUCUGAAGACCUGGAUGGAGAGCCACCAGUCACCUUUUGAAAUGGUGUUGAGAGAACUAGAGGAUGCCUUGAGGAGCGCAUCACGGCCGGAGCUUCAGAUAUCUUCUGGAAAACUCAAGGAAAGUGAGUCCCCUUGUUCGGUUGAGGAUGCAAAUUGCCUCAACACCACCCUGCCACUUGUCUGUUCGCUACACGACCAAGGAGCUCUGCCAGCGCUAUUCUUCAACUAUGACCGAAGUUCGUGUGAGCUUAUGUGUCGGUGUCUCAUCAGUGAGUUUCAAGGAGCCGAAGCUCGCUGGAAAGAGUCUAGCCAAGCUUGGAAAACUCAGGUCAGCAAGUGGGAAGACUGGAAACAGAGUCAGGCCAGACACGCCAAAAAGAAGGCACCGAAGAAGACGAAGAGAGGUAUGGCCGACGACGAAGGAGCAACGCGGAUUGAGCGGAUGCGGGAUGCAGGGUCAGCAGAGUCAAGUCCUUACGAGUCUUUCAACCCAGACGAUCCAGUCAACGGAUUUCAUCUGGCGGAUACACAGAAGCUCACGCCGUCGGAACUGCAGCAGUACGCUGAUGACCUCAAGGUACGGCUUGUACCUGAUUGGCUGAUCGAUGCCUUGAAGCGUGGCAUCGGUGUUCACCAUGCAGGUCUAAACCGCAAAUAUCGUCAGGUGUGCGAGAUUCUAUUCCGGAAGGGAUAUUUGCGCGUGGUGAUAGCCACCGGCACACUGGCGUUAGGUAUCAACAUGCCCUGUAAGACUGUCGUCUUCUCAGGAGACUCGAUAUUCCUCACAGCUCUCAAUUUUCGCCAGGCAGCCGGUCGAGCCGGGCGUCGAGGGUUCGACGUGCUGGGAAAUGUAGUCUUCCAGGGAGUACCAUAUUCAAAGGUCUGCCGUCUACUCAGCUCAAGGCUCCCGGAUCUCAACGGACACUUUCCAAUCACAACUAGCCUAGUUUUGCGGCUUUUCAUCUUGCUGCACGAAUCCAAACAUGCGGCCUAUGCCGUCAAGGCGAUCAACUCAAUCCUUUCCUGUCCGCGCAUCUACCUAGGUGGCCCCGAAUCGAAACAUACUGUCUUGCAUCAUCUGCGAUUCUCGAUCGAAUAUCUUCGCCGUAACCAUCUGUUGGAUGCUUCGGGUGCCCCUUUGAAUUUCGCCGGCUGCGUGUCUCACCUAUAUUACACUGGAAAUGCAGGCUUUGCAUUUCACGCGUUACUCAAAAGCGGGUACUUCAGCAAGCUCUGCGCGGACAUCCAUUUCCGGCCUAAACAAGUUCUGCUCACACUGAUGCUCGUCAUGUCGCACCUCUUUGGACGCCAGUAUCUCAGACAGUCUGUUUUGGAGUCUCACCGCGCGGCGAUGCGGUGGUCGUCAUCGGUCGUCAUUCUCCCCCCUCUACCAAAAGCAGCAACCAGCAUAAUGCAGGCCCACAACGAUCGAACGUUAGAUAUAUACGCUGCCUAUGUCUCAACAUUCAUUGAUCAACACGUCAAAGAAGCCGACCAUAACCUACCACUCACCGGGAUGAAAUGUGGCGGAGACAAGUCAUUAAAGGAGAUUGGGCUGUUGGUAUCUGCUCUCCCUCCCGUGCGCAUUAAUUCCGCUUUCGUUGCCCUUUCAGGCCAUCGAGACGAGUGGGAGAGUGUAUCCGACCUUUGCAAGAUGGUUCGCAGCGGUGUUUGGCUAGAGGAGGCUGUGGUUCCCUACGUGGGGACCUACCCAGGCGAUGGCACGACACUCUUAAACGCUUAUCUCUACGAUUUCUUCAAGCAUGGCAGCGUUCUUGCCCUCGAAAAGGAGAAUGGUAUCCGCAGAGGGGACAUCUGGUUUGUACUCAACGACUUCUCUCUUGUUCUCGCGACCAUCGUGACUAGUUUAGAGAAUUUUCUCAAGCUCUCCCUGACCACCGGAACCGAGAUGUUAGAUGUCAUGGGCUCCGGCGACACGCGAGAAUUAGAACUCGAUGAGAGAGUCCUGGAAGUCGAGUUAGGUAACGAAUGUACGAUAAGUCCUUCGAUACUAUCUGUUCACGAGAAGACAAAGGACGACUCAACUUCUCCAAAACCACCUUCUGCUCUCCGGAAGAAGCCGGCUGACAGCUGGGAUGACGAAAUAAGCGACGAUAUGGUCGAAAAUGAUAUUGGUAUUCCAGAAACCAUGGGUGAGGCGCUCAAGGCAGCCAAACCGGAGAAGAAGCAUUUUGGGAAAGGUAUGAAGCUGCUAAGGGAGGUCGAAGAUAACGGAGGGGGGCUGGAGCUCGGAGAUGGUGAGUUGUCGAUGAUUUUGAAGGCAUUCACCAUGCUUCAAGACGAGUUCAAUCAGAAGUUCAAGGUAAUGUGGGCAUAA